GACAGAUAUGCAACAUCAGCCACAAACAAAGGAAACUAGAAAAAAUUGAGUUCUCACUUUUCUAGCAACCCAUUUCCCCCUCCUAUCUUCCAAGGGACAUUCAAUGCCUGCUGUUUUCACGUGCACCGCAAUGUACCUGUUCAUUCUCACUCCUUAGCUACUCCGCUCCCAUUUCUUCGUGGCUUAUGGCAUCCCUGGAACGGGGUCUCGCAGAUCACACUGGCAAGUGAGUUGUCUACCUGUCAGUGGUAGAUAGACAUUCAGGUCAUCGAUCAGUCCAUACAUACCUAGUACCUACCUUACCCAGGUACCUUACGGAGUACUUAGGUAUAUAAAGAAGGGAAGGGCCAAUCAACAAACACAAUGCCCCCGUCUCCCUUGACUGUCACGCUUAUCCAAGCGACCAUCCUUAAUGCUAUCUCCAACAUUCUGGCGCAGAUUAUCGAUCAGUACCAGAAGAAUAAACCAUUCGCCCUCAACACCCCAGCCCUGCUCCAGUUCGUCGGCUACGCCAUCAUCAUCGUCCCCAUCAACGACAUCUGGCAAAAGCUCGUCGAAGCAUGGUACCCCGGCUUUCCCACCUGGCGGAUCCUGUCCCGAUACCGCCGGGAGACCACGACGGCGACGACAACCGCCAACAUCCCUCUCCACCACAGGGAUGCUGAAUUGGCAGCAGUCGCAGAAGAGAAGGACAAGCCUGUCCGUCGUGUGGAGUCGGGCCCGGGAUCAGGCACGUGGAACUUCACUAUGAAGUUCAUGCUGGAUCAGACUGUUGGGUCGGUUAUGAAUAUCGUGCUGUUUGUUGUGCUGAUUAACCUGCUUAAGGGGGCGGGCUGGAAUAGGAGUUGGGAGUUGGUUUGUGAGGACUUCACACCCAUCAUGAUCGCGCGCCUCAAGUACCGGCCGCUGGUGUCCGUCUUGAUGUACACUGUCGUUCCGCUAGACCGGCGUGUGGUGUUUGGAAGUGCGUGCGGGGUGAUCUGGAGUGUUUACCUUAGUUUAUAUGCGGCUGUUUAGGUUAACAAGGAUGUGAAGCGCAGAGAAUUGUUGAAGUGAGUCACAUCUGUAAAUUGAAGUGACUCUUGAUACGACAAGUUCUGUAUAUGGGGAAGAACGAAACCAUCGAU